GAGGAACUCGGAUUCAACACGGACGUCCUUCUGCCUUCCGCCGACUAUUUAAGCUCUCAUGCGGCGUCAGACACGUUACGUCUCCGCCUCAGUUCUGAUAGGUUUCCACCCUGUUCUUACGUGAGACCAUGGACUCUGGGCGACGAGGGAAGAAAAGGCCAUGUCCAAAGCCGUCAACUGCACCCGCAGGGCCGUCUCCGACUCGUGAAGAAGACGACGAGGAAGAAGAGAUGGAGGAAUUCUACGCUUUGGUGGGAAGGAUCAGAGAAAUGAGGGACAUGCUCAGGUCCAACGCAGCGACGCCGCUUUGGAAGCCCGCGUUCAAGUUGGAGGACUUCCGGCAUCGCGACGAAGCCGAGAGCUCGGCGGCGGCAUUGGUGGAGCCGCCGAAGGAGGAGAAGAGAAUGAACGAGGAGGGGAAGGAGGAGGCGGGGAAAGAAGAGUGCGGUUUGGAUCUCAGUCUUGCUCUCUAAUGUUCUGUGGUCAAGAUGCGUACUCCACUGUGUAGUAGUAGUAGAUUGGGGAAAAUACCCAAAGGACACUCUUUUUUUCUCUAUUUCUUGUAUAUAUUUUCAUUUGCUUAGAACUAUACAACUGGAAAAGUUUUCUGAGUGA